AUGGGUUCCAUUGCAGUCGAUAUCCACGAUCUGCAGGAUGAUCACCAAUCUACACAUAUGGUGAAUUUCAUCCGCAACCACCAAACAACACUCACUCUCUCCAAGAACCCCGACUUCCAAGAAACACCACUAGACAGCGCCAGCAUCCCCGAAAGCCUGCGCAGCAGCAACCUAAUCACAGGUGCUCUCGCCGGCCCCCAAAAAUUACUCAUGGCACCCUUUGCAUUCAGAAACCAUUCCGAUAAUAUCUUCGUCAUGUUUAUGUACCUGGGUAGCGGCAUCUGCGGACACCCGGGUAUCGUCCACGGUGGAGUUCUGGCAACGCUAAUGGACGAGGGUCUUGCGCGGUGCUGUUUCCCCUUGUUACCUAAUAAAGUGGGCGUUACGGCGAAUCUGAAUAUUGAUUACAGAGCGCCGGCUAUGGCGGACUCGUAUGUUGUUUUGUGGGCGCAGACUACGAAGGUUGAGGGGCGGAAGGCCUGGGUGAAAGCGAGGAUUGAGACUCUGUCUGUUGAUGAGGACUCGCAUGGGGCGAAAUUGUUGGUGGAGGCGAGUGCUCUUUUUAUAGAGCCGAGAUUGGCUGAGACAUUUGACACUCCGUAUAAAGGUGUUUAG